GUGAUAUUUCGGUGUGAAUAUCGGAAGAGACUUUUUACUGUGAACAGAACUUACCGAGACUCGUUACUUCGAAUAGUGUUUUGUGAUGUAUCGAUGCGUAGUUCUGUGACGUAGUUUCAGAGCUAUUAGUUGAGGAAACUGAAAAGUUUUUCUGUCGGGGAAAGAAGAGACCCGAUCGCAGCGGAAACAGCUCGAGUAUAAUAAACGAGAGUGCAGAGAGACGAGUGAAGGGCAAAAUUCAGCGAAGCAAAAAUCGUAAAAAGGGAAAUCGUGAAAUCUCCUCGAUUCCAAUAAAACGAAUUUUCUCCGCGACUUGGCAGUCAAGUUUUGAAGAAUUUGCAAACGGCCGCUCAACUCUGUCUAAGGAUAAUGAAAUAAGGAUCAAAGGCCGUGCCGGAGGAGGAGCAACAGCAUCGGUGGCGGCCCCCCGAUUCCGUCUGUUUCGUAGUACGUACUCUCCGACCCGGGAACAAAUCUAAUUCCCGAGGGAAGCGAUUGAUAUAUUGGUGUUCCGGGACCGAUUGAAGGAAUCGGCAUUUCUCAGGCGCGAAUAAUCGCCGCCUGGAUCCUCCCAGCGAUUCAACUGGUUCCGGAAUCUUUUAUUACUCGGCUAGGAUCGCGGAGUCGCAAUUCGUCAAAGCUGCACCGUCAUCGGGGAAACGGGAUUGCGAAGAAGCGUUGAGCCGCAGGUUCGAUCCGGAAUCGCCGUUCGGACAUGAAUUAAUUUCCGAACCGGGUAAUGCACGACCUUUCGGUCUCAUGACGAAUCCUUCGCGUGCGGCCGUCCGUUCGGAGGAUCGCCCUCUUCGCUUGGAAUACAGGGAUUCCACCGUGGCUUGCGCGAGCACCAGGGGUCGGCGGCUUCGGGGCUACUCCAGGAAAAGGAUGCACCUGGCGAACGACGUCCCUGCCCAGGGCAACCAGGGCACGAACCACCUGCCGGACUAUCCGCCCAGCGCGGAUCUCCUCGUCGAGCGAACCCUCGACGGACUGCUCGCCGAGCAUCCCGGGGAGUUGAUAAGGACCGGAUGUCCGCACGUCGUCUGCACGGUUCUUCCGGGGCACUGGAGGUCCAACAAGACGCUGCCGGUCGCCUUCAAGGUCGUCGCUCUGGGCGAGGUCAACGACGGCACUCUGGUCACCGUCCGGGCCGGAAACGACGAAAACUGCUGCGCCGAGCUGAGGAACUCGACCGCCCUGAUGAAGAACCAGGUGGCCAAGUUUAAUGACCUCAGGUUCGUCGGGAGGAGCGGAAGAGGAAAGAGUUUCACCCUGACGAUCAUGCUGCAAACGUCGCCGCCGCAGGUGGCAACCUUGUCGAAGGCCAUAAAGGUUACAGUUGACGGUCCCAGAGAGCCCAGGUCGAAAACAAGACAUCAAGCUUUUCAUCCUUAUCACUUUGGGCCUCGUACUUUCACUUUCGCACAUCCUCAGGAUCAUCUGGGAUUCAAAUUAACUGGACUGCCACACCUGGGCCUGGAGGGAGUUGGAGCCGGGGGUGGAUGGGGAGGUUUGCCCCGUGGCGGUCUCCCCCCGCACUGUCUUCCGCCGCCGCCGCCAGGCCACCACUCGCAUUCCCACCCCCCGGCAGGAGGUGCCUCAGCAUUCAACCCGUUCCAGCACGCUAUUGAGCAGCGCUCGCCAAGAGUGCCCGCUACCACCGAGUCUUCGCGUGGAGAUCUUGGUCCCAUAACCGUUUCUGUGAGGGAAGUUAGCCCCACGGCAUCACCUGGAAACGGGCCAGGACUGCUAACCACCGCUGCUGUCGCCGCACCAACUCCGCCAGCUGAGCCAACAAACGCUACGUCAAGUCCGUCGACCCACCACCCGCCUCAUCAUCAUUUCCAAGGCCUCCAUCCGGCGCUUCUUGGUCCGCACAACCCGCUCUUUAGCUCGAUAUUCGCACCUCUGGUCCCACAUCAGUCGCAUUGGUUGUUCAACCAGUUGUAUCAGUCGCAACCGGAGUGGCACGCGUUGGCGUUGCAUAUGGCGCACCAGCGUCUUCAGAUGCCGGACAUCCGGCCUGGGCAGUUGCGGAAACGGCGUGGAUCCAGCGGCAGCCCCGACGGAAGUUCGAAGGACGAUCCUCAGCGGGAGGAGGAGGCUCUGGAGGACAGGGACGGGGACGUCGAAGAGAGGGAGAGAUCUCGGGACACCGACAGUCCCGAGGGUAGCAUCGAGGUCGACGACGAGUCCGACCGCAGGAUAGAAGGGGCGAACAGGGUCCCCAUCGGACGGAAACGGGACCGCACGAGAAGCGAGGACUCCUCGGAAGAGCUGACCAUCUGCAUCCAGACGAACGUCAACAAUUUCAAGGAGGAUUCGAGCGUCGCCAGCGACCUGGACAACAGGACAGAUCUGACGAUAAAAAUACGACUCGAGGAAACCGUCGACUUGAGUACCAAGAGCAGUAAUCACGACAAGGAGAACAGGGAGGAGGACUUGAGCAAGGGUCAGGAUCUGACCACGCGGAGAAAGGAGGAGGAGGUGGCCACCAGGGAACCAAAGAGACCCAGGCGGGAGAACACGCCACCCAGGCAAGUCUGGAGACCCUACUAGACCGUUCCUGAGGAAACGGAAUCUUAGCGUAAGAAGUUAAGAACCGUCGGUGGACACUCUUCGCGGCGAAAGCCACGGGUUUUCAAAAUCGGUAAUCCGAGGUUAGAUCUCGAUGUAGGCUCGUGGCGCCUAGUGAUGUUUACACCUCAGUGGGCAGUUGAGUUUCCCCGCAACUGGUCGGCGACUGAGGUGACCCGGGGUGGCCGUCGUGGCCGUCGUGGCCGUCGUGGUCGGCGUGGUCGAAGCGGCCGAGACGCAGGGGCUGAUGGCGGGUCAGCCUCGAGUGCCGUUGGGAUCCAGGAGAAGGCGUCCCGUUGAUACAGUUUUCGGCACGACGAAGAUACCAAGCGACGAUGUGCCCGGUGUGUUUUCGAUGUUCGGCCGCUUCGAUGCGUUCGCAAGUCAGCGAGUCCUUUUGGAUAUAGUCAGAAAAUCGAGAUGGUUACUCGUCGAUGGUUCGAUUUUUUU